UGCUCAGCGGUCGGAAAGACACUACUCAUCUUAAGAAGGCACGUUCUGUACCUUCUAUUCAAUCGGUUUGGACGAGUUGACCAGAUAGAAGUUAUAAACCAGGUUAGGCUACUACGAAACGGAAAGAACACGUUUCAUCUAAAGUAUUUGAAUUUUCUGACCAAGGCAAGAACUGGCGUGAAAUUACUUUGCACGUUAAACGUUGAAUUUCAGAGCAUCAUUGCCGUGUCCUCCUGCCAGGGACUUGAUAAAUUUCACUUAAUGGAAUUACAACAUUACUUUGGUUAAAAUCCCUAUUUUUGGACAGAAUGAUCGUAUUCUGGCACAGUCUGAUUCUGGAGCAGUGAAGAAGGCAACUGCUUCACGCCUUGAUUUUAACGCCAUCACGGAGAACAAACGUGUAGUUGCAGAGGGCUUUCUGUAUGAUAGCUGUGAAAUAAUCCAUGAGUUAAAGAUUCUGAGCCUGAAAAAGAUGGAGGAAGUGUCUGAGUGAACUCCCAAAGAAAGCAAAGCCUUUGCUACUAAUACUGAAAAAAGGAUUAAGUACAUUUUGAAACUUUAUCAGAUAAACCCAAAAAUCAAAAGGUCAUAAAAGAUAAGAACAAUUUUCAGAGUGCAGUGAUGGAUAAUGAAGAUCAAACUGAAAGUAUUACUGAAGCAGGAAAGAAAAAGAUUUUUUUUACUUCUGGAGGUGUAGCAGAUGCAGAAGAUGGCAAUAAAUUUCAUUCAUUUUCAAGGAGAAGUUCUUUAACGGGUUCAAGUACUGCCCCUGAAAAAGAUGAAGCAGACAAGAACAAAAUUCACUUGAGGAGAACUUCUUUAGUGGAUGGAAUAAUUGAUGAUCUAACUGAUAAAGAUGGCAGUGGCAGUGAUGCUUUAACAGAUAGUGCUCUUCACGUAACUGGAGUGAUUGCAAAUGAAAAUGACAGCAACAAAUUUCAUUUAGCAUCAAAGGAGAGUGUUUCUCCUGCAGCUGAAGCUACCGACCAUGUAACAGAUGAAGAAGCCCGGAGCGAAUUUCAGUUCUCAUCAAAAAGGAGUACUUCCUUUCCAGCUGAAGUUACAGAUCAUGCAUCAGUCACAGAAGCUAGGAAAAAAUAUCAGUCGGUAUCAAAUAGGAGCAGUUCUCUUGCACGUGGAAUAAUUGAUCAUGUGGCUGAUGAUGAUGAUGACAUUGGCAAAUUUAGUGAAGGUUCAGCAAGCAGCACUCCUAAUGUAACUGCAAUAGAUAAAGCUGCAGCAGAUAAAGAUGACAGCAACAAGUUUCACAAAGCUUCAAAGAAGAGUGGUUUCCUUAUGGCUGGAAUAACUGAUCGUGAACCCAAUGAAGAUAAUAAAGAAGAUUUUAUUGAGCUAUCAAAGUCAAGCAUCCCUAUUGACACUGAUGCGAUUACAAAUAAAACACAUGAAGAGCAGAGUAGAAGAGUGUCUUCUGAAUCAAAGAGAAGUAUUUCUUUUCCUGGAAUAAUUGAUCGUGCUUCAGAAAAAGAGUUUAGUGAUGCUGCCAAGCAAUAUAUAAAGAGGAGUUACUCUUUAGAAAGUAGGGCAACUGCAGAUGAAGAUAGACAUAGAGAUUCUGAAGCUGAAGAAAUAAAUACCCCGAUUUCAAAUCCAAUUUCAUUAGAUAUUCCUGCCACUGGUAGAGAAAGAAACAAAAUAAACUUUCAUUUGUUAGGUUCUUCUAGUGAGCUACAUGAACCUAAAUCUCCAAGUACUAGACAAGCUAAACUUGAAACUAAAAGGACUUCUUUUCAGACUUCAGUAAUUGAAGGCUUUUCAAUAAGUGAUGCAAAGGAAGAUGAUGAAGAUGAAGGAGCAAAGGAUCUUUGGAAGAAGAUAUUUGAACGCAAAGUGACAAAACAAGUGUUAAAUAUACAGCGACUAAAAGCCGUGCUUUUAGAGAAACGGAAACAUGGAAAAGCUAAUUUGGAAAAAAGGAUCCCAAUGGAUUUGUUGACAAAAGAAUGGUUCAGUGAAAAUACAGUGACUGUGCAGACCCGUAUAUACCUUCUGGAAAAACUGUUACCUACUCUAAUUCUCGGUCUAGAAAACCUAUUGAUUGAAGUAGAGAAAAAAAAAUUAACCGUAUUGGAGAGACCACACCCUUACUUUAACCCGAUCAAUUUCCUGGCACAGUUUCUGAUGAGGAACAAUCCUCGCCACUGCAAACUUCCAGAAGAAGAUUCAUAUUUGCUUGGCUUACAACACGUGACACAAGAGCUGAAAAUUCAUGUUACUGAUGUUAAAGAUAACAGGCUCAAAGUGUUUUGGUUUCCUUUUCGGAGGCUUUUGCAGAUUAUCUAUUUGAAACAUUUGAAGUAUAUGUACUCUUAUGUCAAGGGGUUCUCUGAUGCGCCCUUCGCAGAUUUCCUCGAAUAUCUAUCCCGCAGCUCAGUCUUCUUCUAUCUCAGAGGACAAAGGGUUUGGUGGAGACAUCAUUUCGUAGCGCUGUUCCUGGAAUGUGAUAUUGGAAAGUCUGGACUUCUGAAUAGGAAGAGGAUUCUCUCUUUAUUUGAAGAAUUUUAUGAUCAACACUUAAGCAGGGAUAAACAUGAAUUUCAGAACCCAAGAGAAUGGCCUGUCAUUGAGCUUAAUGAACUGGAUCCAGAAGCCUUUAUGCUUGACUUUGGAAAUGACUAUAUUAGUCCUCAAGUACCGACAUAUUCACAAACUGAAAAGAAGGGUUCAACUGGCCAGAUGAAAGUGGAUGAAACUGACCAGCUGCUGUUACAAAGAGGCUUAGAUAAUGGAAACACUGGAAAAGACCAUGUAGAAGAAACUAAAGAUGCUGCACAAGCAAUGUUGACACCACAGAGUUUAUCAGCAAGUGCUGAUGGAUUUUAUACUGGUGUACAUUCUCACUUUCACAUUCCUGAAGAGGUGCAAGCAAAGUUAGCUAAAUUUCCAGAUCUGACGACCAAUCUAUUAGAUCUCCAGGCCCAAAGUCUUUCUCUGAAUACAAGUCCCUUUAAAAAGGAUUUCAUUAACACUUGUCAGUUUGUUCAGCUGAUGGAAUUAUUUGUGUGGGAUACUACUGAGUCUUUACCUCGAGAAAACCUGAUAAAAUUUAUUCGGGAAAGAUACAAAGAGACCAGAGAGGAAAAAUUAGAAAAGUUAGCUCAGGCAAAUCAUGAAAUACAACAAAAGGCACAUGAGACAAUCCUGAGCGCGCUGUUUGAGAAAUGGGAUAUUGAUGUCUCAGGGUACAUCAACCUGAGAGAGCUAGCUGAAGUCAUAAGCAAAUACAAAGAUGGAACAGAGAAGAAAUCCUUAAACAACGCACAUCGCAGACUGAAACUCCACCACAAGUACAAUUCAGACAAUCCCACUCUGACAAAGUCAGAGUUCAUUGUAUACAUUGAAACGAUUGUGGAUGAAAUGUCUGGCAAGGAAGUCGACUUUGAUGGGCUGGUUACAUUUCUCACAGCCAGAAGUGAACAAAAUUGUGUGGAACGAGCACGGCAUAGAGCCAGGAGAAAGUGGUUCUCUGACAUCAAACGAUCAGCAGUGACCUCUGACUCCAGUAUGGCAGCUGUUUUUAAAACUGUUUUCCAAGUCCUUUUUAAGGAUUCAGAAGCACACGGCGGCAACAAGAAAAUAAGUUCUUCCAUUGCCCUGUUGAGGCGUAAUUUUCACAGGCCAGAGAGGGGUGAAUAUUUCUUGCACUAUGUGGCUUGCACUUUGGAAGAUGCACCAUAUGUCUUGAACCAAGCACUCUACAGAGACAUGGGAGUAAGCUUUGCUGCAAUUAAUGAAGGGAAACCACUCUACAUCUACAGAGUUCAGGACCAUGGCAAGGUUCAUUUUUGGAACUGUCAUCGGGAGACACCCGAAGGAUCAUUCCUGGUGGUCCCAGUGAAAGAUCAGCACAAUAGAGUGUUCGGAGUCCUGGGUACUGACACAUUGAGGGAUGAGUGUGGGAAGGUUUUUGCUUCUCAUGAGAUCAGUUUUCAUCAGGGUGUUGCAAAGGCAUUUAGUGUUGCCUAUCAUCAUGUUCAAGUUCGGGAUAGUGUCCUCAAAGCUGUGAACUCUGGUAUGAUGUGGCUUUUUAACAUCACACCAAGCAUCGAGACUGGUAUCACAUAUCUAACUGAACCUACAACUGUGAAGGAGUAUGUUUUAUGCAAGACAAUGACCUCUGAGAAUGACCCUAUCGAACCAUGGUCAGAUGUGCAUGUACCUUCAAUGAUUCUGAUGAGAAAGGACAACUAUUUCAGAAAUUACCUCUUCAGAUGUGCUGAUACCUCACUAGUGGUCAUACCCAAAAUAUCUGAAAGAAGUCGCAUUUGUUUUCCACUGAGAGACAUCGAAGGAAGAACUCUGGCGAUACUUGACAUUGACAUAGGGGUGAAACAGGAGCUCCUGGCCCACGAAUACAGGAGCAUGCUGAAGAUGCUACAUAUCCUUGACCAAGCCUGUGCUCUAAUUGUAAAAGAAGCUACUGAGUUAUCAGGAACUUUGCCAGAAGAUUCUGAUCAUGAAUACAAAAGCUCUCAGAAAUUACUGUUUCAUCAAUUACUGCUUCAAGAUAUGAGUGAAAAUCUCAGUCGUCUGAAUGAGCAGGAACUUGAAAAGCUCAAGAGCUCUGGUGAUCCUCCACCAAUGGUGCAUGAGAUUUUUAAAAUUGUGAUCCAUCUUGUGAAACCAAAUAACAAUGUGGAAGUCCUCACCUGGAGUGAGUUCAAAGAGGAGAUGAAUCAUGGUUUGAUUCAACUAAUCUGCUCCUUUAAUCCCAUUAAAACAGUUGGUAAAAUAAAAACCAGCAUUCUGGAAGAGUACUUUAAAGAUAUCAGACCUGACCAAGUGUGGAAAUCUGGCUCUCUCAUUCUCUAUUAUCUGUACCACUGGGCAUACGCCUGCUUCACACAGAUAAACCUUAAUUCAAGUUUUGGACACUUCUACAAACCUCCAUCUGUUUGUCAUCUGCCUUCAGUGUGAGAGAAGUUCACUUGAUACAUCGUCUGGGAGAAAAAACUAUUCCCAGUGAAAUACCUUAAAACUCUAAUAUUCCAUCUGAAAUUUAAAUAAAUACUUGGUUGAUUUAUUAAUAAUGUUUA